GAUGGUGCUCCAACACGAGGAGAAGUGUGCACUGGAGUUCACAACAGCUGAGUUUCAGCAGGAAGACGCUGAGAAAUCCAAGAGAAAAGAGAUCUGCUCAUUAUUACACUUGAAUACAAGCGAACAGGAUGGUUUCCCGCCAUGAUUAUGGAUUUAAUUCGCUAUCGUAAUUUUGACAUUUUUGCCUGCACAAUCCUCAUCUCUACACUGUUGGUAAUAAAAGGCGGAUCUCCUGACAAACUUCCUUCAGCUGUGGAUCAGUGCUCCCCAAACCCAUGUCAAAACCAAGCGAUAUGCAGAAACCGCGAGGAUGGCUACGCUUGCUUCUGUGUGCCUGGUUUCCAGGGCGCUCACUGUCAGAUUGAUGUGAACGAGUGUGUUUCACAGCCCUGCAGGAACGGAGCCACCUGUGUGGACAGAGUGGGUAGAUUCACUUGUCUAUGCCUGCCUGGAUUCACCGGAACCACUUGCGAAGUUCAGAUUGAUGUGUGUCAAUCACAGCCGUGUCACCAUGGCGGCAGUUGCCAUAACUACACGGGUGGCUUCACGUGCACCUGCCCUUCCGGUUUCCAAGGACACCGUUGCGAAAUCAACAUUGAUGAGUGCCAAGAAGAGCCAUGCCAAAACAGGGGUCUGUGUAUAGAUGGGGUGAAUGAAUACAGCUGUGAUUGCUCACACACAACCUUUACUGGCCGACACUGUGAGACCCCUCUACCACUCUGCUACUCUGAACCCUGCUUUAACAGUGCCAUCUGUAAGGACAACCAGGGUAACUACACCUGUGAAUGCUGGCCUGGGUUUGUGGGGCGUCAUUGUGAGAUAGAUGUCAAUGAGUGUAGCAGCAGUCCUUGCAUGCAUGGUGGCAGCUGCAUUGAGAAGUCAUGGCAGGCCUUGUAUGGCAGCGAACCUUUGCUGCCUGAACACUAUGAUCAGCGACAGGCUGCAGGCUUCAUCUGCAGCUGUCCUCAAGGAACAACAGGUUCCCUCUGUCAGGAGGUGAUAAACCAUUGUGAUCCCAAUCCAUGCCAAAAUGGGGGUGGAUGUGAGAGCCAUGCUGGAGGCUACAUUUGCCACUGCCUCAAACAGAGUUAUGGUGGCAUUCUUUAUGGAGGUAUAAACUGUGAUGUGAAGUUAGUGGGCUGUGAGGGCCAUGAAUGCCAGAACCAAGGCUCCUGCUCUCCUUUUCUGCUGGAUGGGACUCACGGAUACACCUGUUCUUGUGCACCUGGGUACACUGGCCCUUUAUGUAAAACCACAACCACCUUUUCCUUUGAACGCAGAGGUUACUUAUUGUUGCACAAUCCCCUGGUGGAUGCUGAAGUGGCCUGUAACAUCACCCUAAGCUUCAAGACUGUCCUGCCCAGGGCGUUGUUGUUUCAGCGGAACACCAGGGGGCUGCUGCUGAGCCUGGAGCUGGAGGAAGGGUUGCUGCAUCUCACACUGAGGACAGAGGUCUCUGCUGUGGCUGAAACAGAAAGCCUAAGCCAGGUGCUGGAGCUUCCAUAUAACAUCACAGAUGGAGAGUGGUACUCUGUAGAGGCUGUGCUUGCAAACUGGAUGCUCAGUCUUAAGCUACUGGAUGAUGCCAGAACCUGUAAAAGUCAAUCCUGCCACAGUAUGGCCCCAGUCCAGAGCAACCUGGUCAAGCUUGUGAUGUCUCCUCAGAACACUUUUAUUGGGGGCAUACUUGAGGACCCAAAUGGCCCCAGUGAGUACUCGGUGUUUCCAGCGUUCAUCGGAUGCAUGCGGGAUGUGUUUGUGGACUGGCAGCUUGUCGUUCCAGAGGAAUGGUUGAGCGACUCUGCCAUUAACGUGUCCCCGGGUUGCAGCCACAGGGAUCGCUGCCUGGAUGUGCCGUGCCAAAACAGUGGACAGUGUGUAAACCUGUGGCAGAGCUACCAGUGCCAGUGUCCAAGGCCUUAUGAGGGGCAUGACUGUGAAGAGGAGCAUGUGACUGCUCGCUUUGGGAGUGAGGACUUUCACAGUUAUGCAGCAUUCUCCAUUACUGAUGAUCUGGGUUCGAACCUGUCCAUCUCCCUCUUCCUGCGCACACGAAGACACAGUGGACUCAUCCUGGUGCUUGCCAACAGCAGCAGCCAGUAUCUGCACAUGUGGCUGGAGGAUGGCAAGGUUACAGUUCAGCUUCAUAACUUCGAGAGCCUGCAGUCAGCAAGUGCAGUCAAUGAUGGAGAAGUCCACUUUGUGAAUGUAGAAAUGAUGGAGAGUAAUAUGACACUGCAUGUAUCAGGUCAGAGACACGGUGAUGUGGAAGUUGGGACAGUUGGUGUCCAAGAGGGUGACACUGUUUAUGUUGGAGGGCUGCUGGAGAGUAGCAGCACAUCAAUAUUAGGUGGAUAUUUCAAAGGCUGCAUCCAGGACCUGAGGAUUGGUGACAGGAGGCUGCAGUUCUUCGGGCUGGACACCUCAGUGAGAUCUUAUCCUCUUGAGCUCAUGGAAAAUGUGAUAACUGGCUGCUCUGGAGACAACACUUGCAGUAGAAAUCCGUGUCUAAAUGGGGGGAUGUGCUUCUCCAAAUGGGACGACUUCACCUGCACCUGUCCUCCCAACACAUCAGGGCGGCGCUGUGAGGAGGUAAAGUGGUGCGAGCUGUCACCUUGCCCCACAGAUGCAGAGUGCAGAAUGUUGGACCAGGGAUACGAAUGUUACUCCAAUGCAACUUUCCUGAAUGAUAGCACUGUGUUGUCCUACCGAGGAAAUGGCCACAUAUCCCGCAACCUAACUAACAUCUCGCUAAAACUACGCACACGGAAGCGUAACGCAGCUAUACUUCAUGCAGAGAAAGAUUCAGCUUUUGUUACAGUUUCUGUCCAGGACGGCGUCCUCGUCAUGGAGCUUCAAAGCGCCUCUGGAGACAAAGCCAUUGUGAAGGAUGGACAGGAGCAAGAGGAGGAACUGUCGACGGUCAGUCUCAGCAGCUGGAGAGGUGUCAAUGAUGGCGAGUGGCAUAGUGUUCAUUUGUUUAUGAUGGCACCAUGGGCUCCAUCCUCCAGGUGGACUUUGGUGCUGGAUGACGAAAUAGAAGAAGCCAGUAUUUCCAGGAGCCAAGGUGGCAACCUGAACUUCCUCAGACAUGAGGUGGACAUCUUCUUGGGUGGCUUAGCCCCUGAUGCUGGCUGGUCAUUGACUGGUUGUCUAGGCACUGUUGAGCUGGGUGGCAUUGCCCUGCCUUACUUCUUCUCUGAUGUGAACCUCCCACGCCUGCAGGAGGAACAGUUCAUUCAGACAUCACCAGAUCCUCCUCUUGUGGGUUGCAGCGGGGCCUCCGUGUGUGCGCCCAACCCCUGUCUGAACAACGGUGAGUGCCAGGACCACUUCAACACCUACAACUGCAACUGCUCUGAGGGUUGGUCCGGAAGACGCUGUGACAUCUUCCUGGACACAUGCGCUUCAAAUCCCUGCAUCCACGGUAACUGCAGCGUCAAUGGGAUGACCUACGAGUGCAACUGUGAGUUCGGCUAUGCAGGCGUUGACUGUGAGGAAGAAGUUGAUGUCUGUGAAAAUCACCUUUGUGCCAAUGGAGGCACCUGUCUGCAUGGGCCGGAGACGUACGCCUGCCUCUGCCCUGAGAACUACACCGGACCCAUCUGCAAUGAACGCGUUGAAGAAAUUCCAUGGUACAUCGUUGUCAAAAAUGUACGUCCCAAACUGCCUGUUUCUGUAUGCGGUGAUGACACCAGAAAUUACACCUGUUUCAAUGGGGGCAACUGCACUGACCGAGAGCUGUCCUGCGACUGUCCACCAGGCUUCAUAGGACAUCGGUGUGAACAGGAAGUGGAUGAGUGCAAGUCCAACCCUUGUCUGAAUGGAGGCUACUGCCGCAACCUCGUCAACAAGUUUAUCUGUGUGUGUGACAUGAGCUACGCUGGAGACACAUGCCAGACGGACCUGACCUCAGAGGGUGUGACCUCUGACCUCUUGCUGUCCAUCAGUCUUGUGUCGGUUAUUCUACUGCUGGUUCUGAUCCUGACAUCCGUCAGCUUAGUAGUAACACUUAAUCGCCGCGCCACCCAUGGUACCUACAGCCCCAGUCGGCAGGAGAAGGAGGGAUCUCGGGUGGAGAUGUGGAGCAUCACCCAGCCACCCCCCAUGGAGAGACUGAUAUGAGAUGCGGGUUUAAAAUAUGACACUAUCUAUAAUCAAAAAAAAUGACACCAUGACAGCAGAUACCUCCAUGUAGAUAUAAUACCUGAACCCUGCAUGUAAACAUUUUACACCCCUUCUGUCUUUCUUAAUGCCUAAAUGCCUUCAUUCCUCACCCAUUGACUUAUGAUGGUUUACACCUUGUGGUGGUAUAAAGGUAAAUCCAUUUAAAGGAAGAACCAGCAGCUCACAAAAAUGUUGUUUCAAAGUCUGUUUGGAAAAAACCCAAGAUGUAAUUUGAUAAAGUUGGCACUGUUUUACAUUUUUCUCCACAUGAAAAGCCACUAAUAAACUGGAUAAAUUCUAAGUCAUAUGUACAUACAUCUAUCUAACCCUAUUUCCUAAAACAGCAGGGUAUUGUGUUUUAUUUUAAAAGCCCUCAUAAUAUAAGCUACAAUAUUUAGAUUAAUUAUGAUAAGGCAGCGGUUUGGUUUCUAUCUUUAACAAAUUUUUGGGGAUGGUAAAAAUAUACAAUAAUGUGUUUCUGAUUUCACGAAAUUCCAUCCAUGUGUAUUUAUUACAGGAAAAUGCCUCUUUGUACAGUGUACAAUACAUCAAUACAGUCCAUGUUGGUGCCACUAUUGAUUUGUUGUUACUGCACUUUUCAUACUUAGUGUUCCCCAACAGGCUGUUUUCAGGAUUUGCUGCAGUAGGCGGAAGUAGAAAGCUGUCUUGUGUGCUGAUAAAAUAGUUGUUUAGUUUGAAUGGAUAUACACUGUGAUGAAUUUUGUUUUUCACUUUGAUCUGGACUACAAUAUGCUGAUUAAAUAAAGAGAUUUUAUUUGUUUUAAGUUAGUAUGUGUCUGUGCCAUAAAUGCUUUAUUAUCAUAAAUAAUGUAAAUCUAUUGUAAGACAUGACAAUCAAAGUAAAUGUAGUGAUAUUAACACAAAAAUGUAGUCACUAAAUACACCAGCACACAUGCUGUUGGUUCAACUCAUCUAAUGCAAGAUACGGACUCAGGAUCCAAAGGCUGACUAAUACCUCUGGCCCUUGGUUAUAUGUCUGCUUGUUAUCUGGAGGUAAUUUGAUGAAACAACCUAAUUUAGGAAACGGCUCCUGGGGAGUGGAAAUAAAAAAAGAUUUGUGUUGAAACUUCACACAGUCUGCCUUAAAACUGCAGAACUGGCUUUGUUUGGUAGGUGCUAGAGCACUGUUUUGAAUAAGUAACAUCUUAUAAGGCACAUAGAACAUAGUAUACGUGUACGCAACAUGUGUAAUUACCUGUAGUGCAUCAUUGCUGCACUACAUGGCUGUUUAUGUGUGGAAAAAUUUUGUUUUCUGACUGCCACCGUUCAUGCACAACUAUGCUUGGCAUUUGAAUUAAUUUCUUUGUCCAUCUUUACCACUAGAUGUCAGUAUUUCUCACACACUAUACCUUUAAUGCGCCCAUGGGAACUGUGAAACGUAUGACUGCUUGAUGCCCCAAAAGCAAUUGCUCUACAGUGAAUAUUGAGGUGGACUUGUGA